CGGACAUUGUGCUUGAGCUUGCUAUAUAGACUACUAUUGGCUUCACCGUUGUGUUUUCCACCUAACUAUCUUUAUUUAUCCCUUACGUAUACUUUCAAAACAAGAAAAAGCAAACCCGCACUCAUAAAUACAGUACCAGACCUUGAAGAACUUAUCAAUUCUUCCCAUUUCACUGGGAACCACCGACAUGCCUUGGGAAACUGCCUUCUCCUGCAUUAUCGUCGCUACUCUUACAGCGCAGUCAAGAGCACAGGGACUGAUAACCGAUGUGGAAGGAGAAGGAUAUGGUCCAAAGCCAAGUUCCAGCUCAAUGUCAGCGGGGAUGAUCGUGCUAUGCGUGGUAGCAGGAAUCGUGGUUCUCAUCGGAAUCUCCACAACAAUUUUGUUCAUCGUUGCCAAAAGACGCCAAUGGGCAAUGCGGGAGGUCAUUACACGGUCUGCUCGACGAGCCACCCAGGCCAUCAAGACUCCCUUGUCAGCCAGGUUUCCGAGAUCUCAGGUCGCGCGAGGCAUGGAUUCGGGGUUUCCUACCAAUCGCGCCGAAGAAAGAAGCCAAAGGCUGGAGGUCAAUCCAAAGCACAACGAUAUAGAGAAGAACUCUCUUAUUACGGAAACAGAAAAAGCUAGAAAUAGUGGAAACGGUCGGGCGUGGAGGUCACUGUUCUCCUCUGGUCAUUCAUAGAUGAGUGUCAGUUCACUCUCUUGUUUACGAAGUAUAUGUUUGGACUGCUUCAGGGUAUGUUUCUCAGUUUAUAGCGAUGGCUUAUGUAUAUGUCUGGAUUUCGGCGUGCUUGAUGCAUAGUAUCGUGGACUUCUUUUGCGUUGGAUGUUUCGGGCUCUAGUAUUUCCUUCACUAUUCUUAGAUUUUGAGAUACAAUCAUUGAUACC